CGCGUCCCCUUCUUCCUCUCUACCGUUUUGUCAGCCUCCAGCCGAUGCUACCUGGGGUGUCCUAAAUUUUCCCUUCUUUAACCCUAGAAAUGGGAUUCGUUAAAGUAAUCAAGAACAAAGCGUAUUUCAAGCGUUUCCAGGUCAAAUUUAAGAGAAGACGAGAGGGUAAAACUGAUUAUUUUGCCCGCAAACGUCUGGUGACCCAGGAUAAGAACAAGUACAACACGCCCAAGUACCGUUUUGUUGUUCGCUUCACUAACAAGGACAUAGUUUGCCAGGUUGGUAAAACGAUUUCCAGUUUUACAUACCACUUGUUGCCCAUAUUCUUUGUAAACAAUGUAGAGAUACAUAUAUUUUUAAAAAAGCUUGUCAACAUUACGUCCAACCUUCCCAUCAUGCACCAUGUGUAUGUUGCNCGUUUCCCUGGCUAUGAUAGCGAGUCCAAAGAGUUCAGUGCAGAAGUUCACCGUAACCACAUCUUUGGACAGAAUGUUGCCAAAUACAUGCAAGAGUUGAAGGAUGAAGAUGAGGAAACUUACAAGAAGCAGUUCUCUCAAUAUAUCAAGAAUGGCAUCGAGCCAGAUAUGGUAAUGAUGUAAUAUUAUGGUUACAUU